GAAAUCAUCCACGCCGAAAGGAGGGGAUCCCGGUAUAAAACCUUUAGAGUGGAAAGCUCCAGGCGUCAUUUGUGAUUACUAUCAUCUCCGCGCCGGGCAAAAUGCUGAAUUCUAGGAUAUCGCUCAUCCAGUUGGUACUGGUGCUGCUGACAGCGACGAAUCACCUCGGGUCAGCUUCACCCAGUUUGGUAGCAUCGACACCUGCAUUUGCCGCCUUGCCACCAAAGGAUUAUUAUGCGAUUCCUAAGUACAAAUUCAGCUACGGCGUGACGGACCUGCACACCGGGGACAUCAAACACCAGACGGAGCAGCGCGACGGAGACGUCGUCCAGGGCGAGUACAGUCUGGUGGAGCCGGACGGGUCGGUGCGGACGGUGCAGUACACGGCCGACGACGUCAACGGCUUCAACGCCAUCGUGCACAAGAGCGGCCCAGGCGCCCAUCCGCUUGCCGCCCCCGCGGUGCCCGCGAAGCCCGUGCUGGCUGCCGCUCCCGCGCCCGCUCCCGCCCUCGUGCCCGUGAACCACAAACCGACGUACACCCCGUUGCCGGUGGCGCCGCUGCUGCCGGCCUUCGACACCAGCAGCUUCCUGUCCAACAAGCCGCAGCGGCCGCAGGCGCUGCCCACGUCGAGGCCGCCGACCCCCGUGUACCAGUCGGGCUACCCUGCCCGGCCCGCCGUGGAGACAUCGACGCCGUCGCUGCAGGAGACGCUGCAGGCGCUGUACCCGCAGCCGACACCCAGCCCGCCCGUCAACGUGCAGCUCUUCCCCCAGCAGCCACAGCAGCAGCCGCAGCCCCCGCAGCGACCCGGCUACAGGCCGUACGGCCAGCCGCAGGCCACCGGCCCCGUCCAGUUCCCGCAGGCCCCCGAGGACACCCAGCAGCUUCCCCCUCUGAUCAGCAGACCGCAGCAGCAAAGCGCCGCCGCCGGAUAUUUCUACUAAGGAUCUGUUAGGCGGCGAGACUGGCUAGCAAAGGGAUUAUUGGCUUUCUAAAUUUUACAUCCGAUCAUUCAUCUUUUCAUCCCCAUUUACGUGUCCCUUGCCGACUGGUCCGCCGUAACUCUGAAAUUAGCGAUUAAUCUCACCAAAGACUUGAUUUUUAUUGCAGUUCAAUUUGAUGUGGUUGUUAAAAAGAAUCAAAAUGAUGGAUCGUUACCUGGCCAUUUCCAAUUAAUCGUGAAAAUGUACAAUUUUUGUUCCUUUAAUCUUUGGUUGUCAUAUCGCUUUUGGUCGUCAGUGCAAAUGAUCAUCUUUGAUCAUGGCACUCUGUUGUGAGUCUGAUUUGGCAGAGGUGCAGUUGACGCUGCUCGAGUGACUUUCGUGACCCGCAUAUAUCAACUGCCUAAUACAAUGCUAUGAAUUUUAUUGUUUCUUAUUGUUAGUAUACACUAUGUAGCUUGUAACUAUUUUGUAUUGCCUUUUAUAAAUAAAACACGAAAAUAAAA